AGAGGAACUGUGAGUGCCGGCACGGAUCCUGCCUCCUUAUCUUUGCCGGGACAGCGCCGGUUUGCUGGAGAGAUAACUGUUCCCUGCUCUCUCGGGCGGCAGCUGGAUGAGCUCUGGAUACGAGGAGGAGGCAAGCUAACAGUAAGUGCAGCUCCAAGAUGAAGCCCUCAGCUGGACAAGGUGUAAGGCUGGCAUACCUCCUCCUGAGUUUGGCUCCUCUCUGCCUUCCCACCCCGCUCUGGAAGGACCGGGACUCCCUAAUGCAGGAGGAGAGAGCCCGACAGACAGGGGGCAACUUGGUGCUGAGUAGGCAGGAAGAGCAGCUCAGUGCAAAGCUCGUAAACCUCAAGAAGAAGGAAGUUGCAACGGCCACAACCGCGGGACAGUUCCCUCCAAGCAUGCACUUCUUCCGGGCCAAAAGCCUCAUUGAUCAGAGCGUGAUGUUCAGCAUCUUAAAGCGCAUGCCUAAAGGUGCUGUCUUACACCUGCACGACUACGCCAUGCUGAGUGUGGACUGGCUGGUGUACAAUGCCUCCUACCUCCCCGACUGCUACAUCUGCUUCACCCACGCUGGCACCGUCCGAUUUCGCUUUUCCAAGCCGCAUCCUCCUCACCCACUGCCAGCCCAGUGCUCCCAGUGGGUUUUGCUGGAGACUUACCGGAAACAGCUGCACAACGUGACCGAGUUUGACAGCAGCUUGCUGAGAAACCUGACCCUGGUGACAGAUGCCCCUGAGCAGGCCUACCCUUCUCAGGCUUUCAUUUGGAAAAGAUUUGAAGAAGUCUUUCUCAUUGCCUCUGGACUUAUCUGCUAUGCACCUGUGUUCAAGGCCUAUUUCUACCAGGGGCUGCUGGAGCUCUAUGAAGAUAACGUGCAAUAUGUCGAGAUAAGAGCUAUCCUGCCUGCAGUGUAUGAACUGGAUGGCACCCGGCACAAUAAAUCAUGGUCUGUGGCAACCUAUCGGGAAGUGACCAGGCAGUUUGUGAAGGAGCACCCUGACUUUGUUGGAGCCAAGAUUAUAUUUACAGCACACAGGAUGCUGAAUGUUUCCCAGAUUAAAGAAGCCAUCGUCACUGCCAUGGCACUCAGAGCCCAAUUCCCAGACGCCCUGGCAGGCUUCGACCUGGUUGGUGAUGAGGAUGAAGGUCAUUCUUUAUGGGACCUGAAGGAUGCCCUGACCAUCCCGUAUUCCAUGGGGGUCAGCUUGCCGUACUUUUUCCAUGCUGGCGAGACUGAUUGGCAGGGCACCUCUGUAGACAAUAACGUGCUGGAUGCACUGCUCCUGAACACCAGCAGGAUUGGCCACGGACUCGCUCUCAUUAAACACCCAGUAGCCAAAAAUUUGUCUCUGAAGAGGGAUAUUCCUGUAGAAGUCUGUCCCAUCUCCAACCAGGUCCUGCUGCUGGUAGCUGACCUGCGGAGUCACCCUGCAGCUGACCUCAUGGCUGAGGGGCAUCCCAUUGUGAUCAGCCCCGAUGAUCCCCCUAUCUUUGGAGCAAAGGGAGUCUCCUAUGACUUCUACGAGGUGUUCAUGGCCAUCGGAGGGAUGAAUGCCGACCUGAGGACCUUAAAACAACUUGCGCUCAACUCCAUAAAAUACAGUGCCAUGCUACCGGAUGAGAAAGCCAAGGCCAAAGAGGUCUGGCAGAAAAAAUGGGACCAAUUUGUGGCUGACCUCUCUGAUAGCUUUUUAAGGGAGCCUUAAAGAGUACAAGACUUGUCUCAGAAGGCAUUUGGCAAGCCAGAGUGAUUGCUAGGAGGGAGACUGCUUCUUCCAUGUGACCUGAGCAGAUGAAUGAACCUCGAAGUCUUACCUGGCAGUGGGCAACUCUGGUAAGCCAGGCUUAAUGGGCUUAAAACUGAGAAUGAGGUGAACUGUUCUGUGAAAGUCAUGGACUGGAGGUAAAAGGGAGGAGUGAGCCUUUGUAGCAACCACAAAAGACCGCCCCACUCAAAAUAGUCAAAACAGUUAAAAAUUGCCAAUGACCAAAUCCUGACAUCCUUAUUCAGGAAAAAUAUGCUUUCCAAUUAGGGUUAGCAGGAGCUUGGCAACAUGAGGAUCUCUGAAUUUCGCCUUAUCAUUACAAAAUGCAGACCUUGUCCGGAAACAGCUCAGACAAACAUCCAACCAUUUGGGCCACUGACCUUCAGGAGAGCAAGGACUGAAAAUGACUCUCGUUACGUUUAACCCUGGGCCUGCUGCCAAAAUAGCACUGCUAGGUCGAAGAACCAGUCAUAGGUCUGAUGUUUGCUAUUUCAGGCUCUACCAUGGCUGGAAACAAGCUGAUGGAACUUGCUCCCAGAACAUUUAAGCCUGGUUGCACAGUGAUCAUAAUGCCAAAAAGAGGUGUCUGAGCUGCCAAUAGCUUUUUUUACUGCAAAAUCUUUUCCUGUCCUCUGGUCAAAAGGAAGCCAAAACACGUUUCAUCUGAGGAAAAAACAUCCUCGCUUCCCAGAUCCAGCUUAAUUAAAACUGUCCCCCCAGACAAGGCCAUGUUAACACAGGCCUCUGCAUUUAUAGGAAACACCUUGUGAUUUUAGGGGGUUCCACUACUAGUCUUUGUUGCCUAACUCAGAGUGCAAAUGUAUCCUUAUCCAGCCUGUCAGGCAGAUUUUCACCUUGGUGGAGAACUGCUCUCACACUGUGUAUAUCCACAGUGCUCAUUUGGACCUCUGUGACUUCCAGCUCUUUGGCAAAAAACAACUACACAAUAAAUAGUCUUUGGACAAGGGAAUUCCCUUUCUUAGCAUUACCAAAAAUAACAGGAGGAGAACUAGUUGCAGAGAGGUUUAAAAAAAAGAAAUCCUAAUCAGGAUGCUAAAUAAAUGCAGCAAAGUCAUUCAGCACAGAUACCCCAAACAUGCAGCCAGGAUCAAACAGCAUUUCUCUUUGACUUCAGUACAGUUAUGCUGGUUUGCAUCAGCCAAGGGAGAAUUGACAAAAAUUCCUGCUGAAAGACAAGUCCCUCCUCUGAGCCACAGACUUGCAAGGACUGUUGUUUCCUGAUCUGACCAGCUUGGGCAAAUUGGCUCCUUUAGGCUUUCUGCUAAUUGUCUCAAGCUGCCUGGCCAUAGUGCUUAUUUCCACUGACCUUGGUUGAAACACCUUAGCAGGAGGCAAAUACACUUACUAUAGAAAUGGAUCAAGCUGAACAGCCCCUGCAUCCCGUGUUAAAUUGCCCACAUUUCACAGGCUGCAACUUCAUCUCUAGUUAUCUCAGAGGAAAAAAAACCAAAACAACAAACACACUACAAACCCCCCACCACAGAAAAAAAUAAAACCACAACAAACCACAGGUGUGUGCAUUGCAGAAGCCAGCAACACAAACCAAAGAAAGCAAAAAGAGAGAACCCAGUCACACCCCUUGAUA